ACUCAGGCGAGCACCAAGCACCUGCAGUCAGCCCGGAGAGCACCAUAUUCUAUGGCGAGCGAGAAAGAGAAAGAAGUGCUAUCCUGCCUCAAUUAACUGUCCCUACCCGGGAUCUGGGUCUCGUCUCGGCGCCGAACUCAGGUGCCCGCUUCACCCCUGCCUGGGCGUUGCCCAGGAACCGCGCCGCCGCAGUGCAGCUCGGACCCCGGGCACCCGCGGGACACGCUCCCGGCUCCCACCCGGCUCUCGCCUGCGGCAGCUGGAUCCAGCACUGCCUACCGCACCUAGGCUGCCGCUAUGGGGAAUCUACCAUCUGCUGCGAAGCACUGCCUCAACUACCAGCAGCUUCUCCGCGAGCAUCUCUGGAGUGGAGACUCAGUGGCAGGGGCGCUGGAUGCGGCGCAGGAAGCAUCCCAGUUAUCUGGACUCCCUGAAUAUGUGAAAAUAGUAGAAGUUGGACCAAGGGAUGGAUUGCAGAAUGAAAAGGUUAUAGUUCCCACAGAUAUAAAAAUUGAAUUCAUCAAUCAACUUUCCCAAACUGGCUUGUCUGUAAUAGAAGUAACCAGCUUUGUAUCUUCCAGAUGGGUACCACAGAUGGCUGACCAUGCUGAAGUCAUGCGAGGCAUUCGUCAGUAUCCAGGAGUUCGCUAUCCUGUCCUUAUACCUAAUCUUCAGGGUUUUCAGCAUGCUGUUGCUGCUGGAGCCACGGAGAUAGCAGUUUUUGGUGCUGCUUCGGAAUCUUUCAGCAAGAAGAAUAUUAACUGCUCCAUUGAAGAAAGUAUGGGAAGGUUUGAGGAGGUCAUCAGCUCUGCAAGACACAUGGACAUCCCAGUGCGAGGGUACGUGUCCUGUGCCCUGGGCUGCCCAUAUGAAGGAAGCAUCGCACCACAAAAAGUCACAGAAGUUUCAAAGAGAUUGUAUGGUAUGGGCUGCUAUGAAAUCUCUUUGGGAGACACGAUUGGAGUUGGUACUCCAGGAAGCAUGAAGAUGAUGUUGGAAAGUGUCAUGAAAGAAAUCCCUCCAGGGGCUCUUGCUGUUCAUUGCCAUGACACGUAUGGACAAGCCCUUGCAAAUAUCCUAACAGCUCUUCAGAUGGGAAUUAAUGUGGUGGAUUCUGCUGUAUCCGGAUUAGGUGGCUGCCCUUAUGCAAAAGGUGCUUCUGGGAAUGUAGCCACUGAGGAUUUGAUAUAUAUGCUCAAUGGCAUGGGCCUCAAUACAGGCGUAGAUCUCCACAAAGUGAUGGAAGCUGGUCAGUUUAUUUGCAAGGCAGUGAAUAAAACUACAAACUCUAAAGUCGCACAAGCCUCCUUCAAAGCUCGACUUGAAUGAGUUUGUAAUUUAAGAGAGAACAGAGCCAUUCCAGCCCCGGUUCAUCACAGUGUCAUUAGUGCCAACACAUUCUGAAGUGGAAGUUAAUAAAAAGAGCUGGAAGAGGAGCUAUGCUUUGAAAAGAUCAUCACUGGGUAGAUCGUGAAGUGGAUGGAGGGCAAGACGAGGCAUCUGUUCAACUUCAAGCUGGGAAUGGACCACGGUGCAUGCCCUUCUGGUGGUGGACAAAGCCUGCUCAUUUGCUCUUACAGAAAUCGUUAUAUUUUUUAGCUUAGUAGAACUGAAAAUUGACUUCAGAUUUCUCUAAGUAUCAAGUGCUGUGUUAAUGCCUCCUCAAGCCACCUUACCGCAGGGUACACAUUGUUAGUGGUUUAUGAGCCUCGACACAAUGCAGAGUGUGUGGCCCUGAAGUUGUGUUUUUUUCCCCCCUCUGGAUCCCAACUCUCCAUUUGCCAAGUUUGUUAAGUUAUGGACCAAGAGCCAAAGUUUCAUCUGACCCAACAUAUUUUUUAGCAAUAGAACUUUUAUAUUUCGAGUGCGGCUAACAUCUGUUAACUAUUUCGAUGACUUUAUUGUGCUCCAAGAUGCUGUGGUCAAUGGCAAGAAGCCACAUCCUGAAAGCACACCAUACCUCCCAUGUUUGUUCAGUGCAUCCAGUUUGCUGUGUUUUAUAUUUAAUCAAUUGUAGAGAAAAAAAUCCACAAUGUUAUUUAAAUACGGAGAAACUCUAUGGUAUGGUUUUUUAUUCUGGUGUCUAAGGGACAGUAACAAUAGUAGACUGAUAUAGACACCCUGGUCUAUUUCCAUAAUAUGUAGUUUACUUUUAAAUGGCCCAAGGAAAUACUACUGUGAUUUUAAGAAUGUUAAUAUAAUUUUUAACUGAUGAAAAGUCUGUUUUCAUUGACUUAUUAUUGUAUUCUAUACCUGUUUGUUUUUAUUUGACUGUAGAAUAUUUAUUUUAAAGUUGAAUGACAGAAAUAUGAUCUCUAGUGCCAGAAAGCAUUGCCAGGGAUAACAAAAAUUAAUACAUUAAAGAUCAAGGCCUGGGGAUAUGGCUCAGCAGUUAAGAGCACUGGCUGUCCUUUUAGAGGACAUAGAUUUGAUUCCAAGCACCCGUAUAGUGAUUCAAUAGCAUUUAUAACUCCAGUUUCAGGAAAUCUAAUAGCUUCUUCUAGCCUGUGCAUGACUAGCCAUGUAAGCAGGAUACAGGCAUAUGUGCAGGUAAAAUACCCAUCAACAUAAAACAGCAAGACAUCCUAGAAAAUAGUAAAACUAUUGAAAUGAAAAUUUCCCAGAAAAUAAGAAGAAUAUUGAUUAGAAGUAAAAUAUCAUUAAAGGUAUAUAGUAGGAAAAAUUGGAAUGGAAACAUAUGAAUUGACAAAAAACCCUAAAUUUCCAUGGAGGACUCCAACUUGUCAGCUUGUGACCUUUCUUCUGUAGGUUUUGUUCCAGCAUCCUUUUCUUCUAGAGUACUGGAAGAAGUUCUGUGCUUGGGGGCCCAGGUUGGAAUAUGGACAACACAGAGGCAGCAAAGUGUCAUCCAACUGUGAAUCUGCCUUAGUCCUAUCUCCCUGCUCCUCUCUCACACAGACUAGGGCGUUGACAGGCGAUGGUGGUCGUGGUGGUGGUGGUGGUGGUGGCCAGCAGUGGUGGCGGCCAAAAUGCUUCUUCCUUCAUUUUCUGAGGAAAUUGAUUUUUCCCUCUCAGAGACGCAGAGUGCUCAGUUUUGAGAUAUUUGUGAGAACGUGUGUUUAUGCAGACUACUUGUAUUGAGAUAUUUGUGAGAACGUGUGUUUAUGCAGACUACUUGUAAAGACAGUGACCAGCAUUUUUGUCUUGAAAUGAAGCUCAAAGUUCUUUCAAAGACAGAGCAAAUAGAAACCUCAGAUAUAGUGUUAUAUAGUUACAUGGUGCCUACCACAGUGUACCAGUUUAUUUUCAGGACCACCUUGAUAUUAUCUAAUUGCACUUGACACAAGCUAGUUUAUAUGUUCUUAUCUCUCCUUCUCUCUCUCUCUCUCCCUAUUCUGUCUCUUGGAACUUGAAGUAUGCUUUAUCAUAGAGAUAUGUUGCUGCUCUAUUAUAGCUAGGACUACCUAGGAUGUGUAAGAACCUGGGUUUGAUCCACCAGCCCAAAAACCAACAAGCAGAAGUAAUUUUGCUUUCUGAAAAUUAAGAAUUUUUAAAUCUUAGAGCAAACAAAUUUA